AAGUCUUCUCACGAGUAUCCUUUAUUUAUUUCAUUUGUUCCACCGAGCUGUGGACUUUCUCUCACUCUUAAAAACUCAAACUCUCUACUUCUGAUUCCUAAUUCUGCUAAAAGUUGCAAAGAAAUGACAUCUCAGUUGCUUUUACCUCCAAACCCAUUCACCAGACCAGUCUCGGCUAAAGUUUUCCUUACAGGUGAUGAUUUAACUCUGAAAAGAAAGUCAAACCAAGCAACAAGAGUUUCAAAUGGAUUUAGCUUAAGAGCAAAAGCAGCUUUAAGAUCUAAUCAUAGCUCAUCUGUUGAGAUUCCAAAUCAAUGGUACAAUCUUAUUGCCGAUCUUUCUGUUAAGCCUCCACCACCCUUGCAUCCCAAGACUUUCGAACCAAUCAAACCCGAAGAUUUAUCUCAUCUUUUCCCUAAUGAGUUAAUCAAACAAGAAGCAACGUUAGAGAGGUUUAUCGACAUCCCUGAAGAAGUUCUUGAAAUCUAUAAGCUCUGGCGUCCAACUCCUCUAAUCAGAGCAAAGAGAUUGGAGAAGCUUCUUCAGACACCUGCAAGGAUUUACUUCAAGUAUGAAGGUGGUAGCCCAGCUGGUUCACACAAACCUAACACAGCGGUUCCUCAGGCUUAUUACAAUGCGAAAGAAGGUGUCAAGAACGUUGUGACUGAAACUGGCGCUGGCCAAUGGGGCAGUUCUUUAGCCUUUGCCUCUAGUCUAUUCGGACUUGACUGCGAAGUGUGGCAAGUGGCCAAUUCAUACCAUCAAAAGCCAUACCGCCGGUUAAUGAUGGAAACGUGGGGAGCAAAGGUUCAUCCAUCUCCAUCUGAUCUCACUGAGGCGGGUCGAAAAAUCCUUGAAUCCGACCCAUCAAGCCCGGGGAGUUUAGGCAUUGCGAUCUCAGAAGCUGUUGAGGUUGCAGCUAGGAACGAGGAUACAAAGUACUGUUUAGGAAGUGUACUGAACCAUGUGUUGUUGCACCAGACGGUUAUUGGAGAAGAAUGCAUAAAGCAGAUGAAAGAUUUUGGCGAAACGCCUGAUGUGAUCAUAGGAUGUACUGGUGGAGGUUCAAAUUUUGCUGGUUUGAGUUUUCCUUUUAUCCGGGAGAAACUCAAAGGCAAUAUCAGCCCUGUUAUAAGAGCUGUUGAGCCCUCUGCUUGUCCUUCCUUGACCAAAGGAGUUUAUGCUUAUGAUUUUGGAGAUACAGCUGGACUGACUCCUCUGAUGAAGAUGCAUACUUUAGGACAUGACUUCAUUCCUGAUCCUAUCCAUGCCGGUGGAUUACGGUACCAUGGGAUGGCACCCUUGAUCUCACAUGUUUAUGAACAAGGUUUCAUGGAAGCAAUCUCAAUUCCUCAAAUCGAAUGUUUCCAAGGUGCCAUUCAGUUUGCAAGAGCGGAAGGGAUAAUACCAGCGCCGGAACCAACUCACGCCAUUGCAGCAACCAUAAGAGAAGCUCUCCGAUGCAAAGAAACAGGAGAAGCAAAAGUGAUAGUAAUGGCGAUGUGUGGUCAUGGCCACUUUGACCUUUCCUCUUAUGACAAGUAUCUAAAAGGCGAAUUGGUGGAUUUAUCAUUCAGUGAAGACAAGAUACGAGAGUCUUUGUCCAAGGUUCCUCAUGUUGUUUAGCUCCAAAUCCCCAUAUUUUGAACCAGGUUAAAAGAAAAAAAGCAUUGAGCUUGGAUAAGUGAACUAUAUCUUGGACCAUUACCGUUGGUUGAUUGAAGUGGAAGCCAUGCUGUCCAAUUAUAGAUGAUGGUUCCAAACUCUUAAAUAGUUGCAUAAAAUCUACUAGAGUCAUGUGAAGGAGCAUAAGGUGGUACCCUCUGCUUCACUAGAAGCCCGGAGUUUGCAAGCCGCUCAAUCUUUGAAGAUGCAGAAAACCAUCCCACCUGCGAGAGCCCACAUACACUAUGAUUCAACUAUCUCUGGUAUGGAAUGUAUUUUUGAUGCUUCGUGGCAGGUCUCAACGCACUACGGAGGAAUGGGUUGGGUCUUUAGGGAUCCCUCAGAUGGAUGGUCGCUGACCAACUCUGCAAACCGCUCUCAUGUGGCUUCUGCUCUUUUUUUGGAUGCUCUUGCAGUCAAAGCUGCACUUUGUGAUGCAGUAGCAAGGAACUUCAAAACGCUGAAAAUCCGCUCAGACUCGAAGAUCCUCAAUAAAAUGCAUCAACUCCCGAAGCAGAUGAGUGGAAAUUCAGAGUGUCCUUAGUGAUAUCUCUGCUCUCUGCACAAGCUUUGAUUCUAUCUCCUUUAAGUUUAUCUCUCGCUCUUUUAAUCUGGAAGCUGACUCUCUGGCAAAAAGAAGUCUUCAGGAUCUUGGAAACUAUGGCCUUCGUGGCUAAAGUUUGUUAUGUUUUCUUAAGUAAUGCAUGGUUUGUUAAAAAAAAAUGAUAUGCAAGUCCGUUCAAAUGUUGAACUGCAAAGAGGAUGGCCAUUGCUUCAGCUUCAGGAUCUGAAUUUGUUGGUGCUACUGCUGAACUUCCUUGGAUUAAAAUGGCGCCGUCUUGAAAUAUUUGUAGCUUACUUAAGCAUAUUCUAUAACAGAAUUUAUGUUAGGUUUAGAAAGUAAAACAUUUAUAGAGCACUCUCGUGGGAACCGAAAUUUACACCGUCAUUUUCAAUGAACGGAGGAAAUCAAAGAAUCCUUUAUUUUUCUUGA